ACUCUAAAAAAUAACAAAAGCCUUUCUUAAUGAGGCAUGAUUGUAGCCCGCAAAUUUCUGAUUAAAAUGAGACAUCUCCCACCUCUGCACGACCUUUCUUUGCAGAGUUAUAGAAUUUACAAGAAAAGUCCUAAAUUGUUCAUUGUCAGCUCAAAGCUACAGAAAUAAGAAAUAAAUUUAGGACUUUUCUUGUAAAUUCUAUAACUCUGCAAAGAAAGGUCGUGCAGAGGUGGGAGAGGUCUCAUUUUAAUCAGAAAUUUGCGGGCUACAAUCAUGCCUCAUUAAGAAAGGCUUUUGUUAUUUUUUAGAGUUUCUGAAAAACUGGUUUUCUAGAAAUCCGGUCUCAGGAGGUCUAAGGUCCCAAACAGAUGUCAUAUUCGGAUUCAGCAUACUUGAUUACCUAUUGUCCACUAGCUCACGGCUCAAAAGCGAUUUGCCAGUUAGUGUCCUUUCCUCGUGAGUCGAGUGGUGAUGUUUAUUUUUAGUUUCAAACCGAUCUAAAGUCACUAUAUCAAGAUUUUCGAAAUAUCCGUUCUAUACGCAACAUAGCGAAGAAUGUUUUAAUUUGAAAACCUUGAUAUAGGGACUUCAGGUCGGUUCGAAACUAAAAAUAAACAUCACUACUCGACUCAGUGUGGCCGAUUGCUCCUACCUUGAUCCAUUUUAGGAUCACCCAAGGCCAACUGGCCCAAAUCGGGGCCCUCGGAAAAAUGGUUAUAGCUCGUGAAUCGUAAGAGAUCGAGAGUUAAGACUGGUCUAGAAUUGUAGAUCUCGAUUCGGACUAUCGACUGCACUGUUUGAAAAUCAAAAUUUAUCGUAUGAUUUAGGAACGAUGAUCUCGUAGACUUUGCAUCGGAAGGUUUACCAAGGCUUACCUGAAAGCCUGGUUUUUGCAUACGCUCACGUCCCCCGAUGUUCUCUAUCCAACGGUAGAAGUCCCUAUCACUUGUCGUUCAAAUGUGAUAAGCAUUCUACCGAGCCACCUCGUUUUCAUAAAAGGAUAAUAGAUUUUUUUGUAAUUUUGGUAAGUAACAGUAGAAAAAUAUAGAUAUUCAAAUUUCCUGUCUUAAUUUGAUUUGUCCAGACGGCUCUCUACUCAAACUUCUGAAAGAUAUUUAUGUCAAAACAUCGACAUCAAUAUCUCUAACACGUAUAUUUUCAGUCAUAAGGGUGUUUUAAAAUGAACGUUAUUUGUUUGAAUUUCUGAGACGAGAGAAUCGUUUUCUCAUGAAAGAAGCAUGGAAUUUAAAAUAAAACAGAAAUAUUAGCUUCUAACAUAGUCUUCGGAAAUAAUUAAUCUAACUCAUUGUCUAUACUUUCGUACAAAAACGUUUGCUUGUUGGUACUCCUUCGUCCAAAGUGACAACUUACUACUCUUGUUUUCAUUGGUGCACUAAUUGGACAAAUGUAUAACGAAACAUUAGUUUUAUUUAUAUUUUUGUGAUAUAACGCUGUUAUUUGGUGAUAUGAAUGGAAAUCAUUGAUGAAAAAUAUUAUAUUGUCAAACCUUUUCUUCUGUGUUGUUGACCUUCUUUCUCCUCGAAUGCCUAGCUGUGAAAUCUCACUUUUCUAGGCUGGUGUUAAUUCACCUGUAUCUCUUUUGUUUUCUGAUCCUUGUGUCUAUCUUCUUUCAUAUUCAAAAUUCUAUCAUUUCUUUCUCAAACUGCUCAACUUUCAAUCGUAUGUCUGUGAAUGUUCCUAAAUUUUUUAGAUUUUCUUUCCUUUCGGUUGUUUUCGUUUGUAUACGAACAAUAAUAUCUAAACUUUUUGGCUCUUUGAAUUGUAUUCUCUGUUCAUUGUCGAGUUGUGAAUGCUUCGAAUGACUUCAGACGAGACGAUCAAUUCAUCUUCAUCUAACCGCCAUGGUUUGUCGUUGCUACGCAGGAUUUCCGAUUGUUUUUAAUCAGGGUGAGGAGAUUUUUUUGACGGACAGUCUUUUUAGAAAGUCUGCCGAGAGUUUUUUUUCUAAACAAGUGAAACAUUUGUUCAUUGAAAAGAAUUUUUGUUAUUCCGUAUUAGAAUUUAUUUUUUCAACGAAAACAAUAUUUAACUUUCAUCCGAAUCAUCUUACAGAAAUAAUGAUAUACUUCGUCCUUUGGCUCGCCCUGGAUGAGAAAUAAAAUCUUUUGUAACAAAAUUAAAACUGACAAAAUGUCACAGAUAAGAGUUUUCUGUCUACUAUGAUUAAAACGGUAGCAUUCAUCUUACUGUUCCUAUUGAAAAUUUCCACCUUAGAUUGUCCUUGUAUUUUGAAGAAUUGUCUGCCAUUUAUAUUGACACGUAGUUUGUAGCUGUUGAUAAUAGCUGUCGUUUUCUUACAGUUUAUCAGAUCAAAUAGUUGCAAGGUAAUUGCGACAUGUGUUGUGCUCACAAAAAGAUUGGACAAAUUCUAGGCAGAAUAAAAGUUCCAAAAAUCUGACGGACAGUGUCAAAAUGUAGGAUGGGGAGAUCAUCCACUUCUCGGAAACUGUGUUGCUACAGAUUCCGUGGAUUUUUUGCAGACGUUUUUUCUAACCUUAAAUAUAUUGCACAAGAAUUCAAUAAUUAUCCAUUCAAAAUAAAUUUGAGCAUGACGCAUUAAAAAUACACUUCAACUACAAUAACGAUCUAAAUAAAUGUACACACAUUACAGAUUUAUUUUGAAUGAAUAAUUAUUGAAUGCAGUUCUUUUGCAAUACAUUUAAGGUCAGAAAAAACGUCUUGAAAAAAUCGACGGAAUCCGUAGCAACGAGAACCAUUGCCCGUUAGAUCAAUCCAUAUGUUCUGUCUUGACAGCAAGAAGUGAGAGCUUUCGAAUUGUGUAUUUAUUUUAGCUGAAAUUCAUGCUGAAUUCCCUUUUCUUUAAACUUGACUAUGGAUAUGGCUUGUGGGAGAGUGCGAUUUCUCUUUCUGUUAUUGAUUUCAUAGACAAAUUUGCUGAUUAUCAUCUUCGUUCUCUUAUAUUUCUUAACUUUUCACUAUUUAGAAUAUGUUUUUUUAUUCUUUUUCUCUUGCUAACAGCGUUUCUUCUCAAAAUUUCUUUUCUAAUAGACAAGUUCAACUACUUUUUUUUAUUUUAUUCUACAUUUUAUUAACUUAUUUUUCAUUUCUUUUCAUUAUUAGUUUACUUCGUUCUGUGGUAAUUGUCUAUCUUCAAUUUAGCCAUUUCAAUUUCUUUAGUUUUUUAUUCUCGAUUGGUGAAGUCAUCAUUUUAUGAUCCUCUCUUACUCUUCAUUAGUAAAUUAGAUUAAAUGACAAUUAUUUGGCCAUUUAGUAGUAGUAGCUGUGCUAGCAUACCUAACAUAAGAUCGAGGUAACUUAUGUAUGCAACAAUGUACUCAUAUUUUUUCAAAACUCUUCUAAAUGUAGUAAAGCACUUACUGUAGAUGCUUUAUAUGUUUGUUCUAUUCACUUGUAGCGAGUAUUAACCUAUUUUUUUCUCUAAUAUAGAUUAAGAAGUUCUGAAUUUGUUAACAUGAGAAAUGAAAGAGUAAAAAUAAAAAUAUUUCAUCAAUAGUAGAUAGUUCUGUUUUGCUAGAAUUGUAGUGUCUAAAAACUGUUUUGUUUAGAGCUAAUGAUUUUGUUAUAUUUUUUAUCCUAGUACAACGUAUAUCAAUGUCUUUCACAACAGUAGUUUAAUAAGUUUUCUUUUCAAAGAAUUUGGCUUUAUGUGUAACUCUGUGCUUUUUUUUAAACCGAGAAAAAGCUUCAAUAAUUUUGAGAGACUAAUGUCUUUUUUUUUAUUUAAUGUAUUUCUAUGAUGAUACGAGACGAGACAAGUUUUAUGUGCACAGAUUAAAUCACUUGUAUGUAUUAUUUCUCUAUUAUCUAAGUGUAUACAAAAGAAAAGAGAACAAAAAAAAAGUAACAUAUACUCAUUAAACUAAUUUUUUUUAUUCUUUCUCUCAUUUUAGAUAAUGACAAUGAUGAUUACGAGAAUAUAAAAUGGCAUUUACAUCAUUUUUUGCUAAAGAUAAAGUAAGUACAAAAUAUUGAAAAUAAUCAAAGUUCAUAUAUUUCUUUUUUUGAGUUAUUUUGUUGCACAAGUAACAAUUGUUUUCUGUCUAAAAUUAAAUCUAAAACAUGUUGGACAAAUUGCGUAACGUUGUUGUUUUAAGAGUAAAGAAGGACGUGUUGAUAACAUGUGUUUUUUUUUCUCUCAACAAGUAUAACUUAAAGAAAGAUACGCAAUUUCUAAGUGACUCUAUGAUAUUUUGAUUGACUUUUCCAUAUUCUUUUUAUUCUAUUUACACAACUGUUAUAAAAAUAUUCUCUUUGUUUAUUUAUCUUUUUUCUAGACAUUUCGUCCAAAAAAGAAAUUUCAACCUGGAACAUUACGUUAUUCAUUACAUAAACAUGCAUCAGCCACACUAAAUUCUGGAUUAGAUCUUAAAGAAGUUGUUAAAUUACCAGAUGAUGAGAAUGAAAAUGAUUGGAUAGCCGUACAUGUUGUUGAUUUUUUCAAUCGAAUCAAUCUUGUUUAUGGUGUUAUUGGUGACUACUGCACUGAACAAACCUGUCCAACAAUGUCAGGGGGGCCAAAAUAUGAAUAUCAUUGGUGUGAUAAUUUAGAAUAUAAAAAGCCUACAAGUUUAUCUGCUCAGAUGUACAUAACGAAAUUAAUGGAAUGGAUUGAAUUACAGAUUAAUGAUGAAGCACUUUUUCCUAUUCAGAUUGGUAUUCCAUUUCCAAAAUCGUUUCACUCAAUUUGCAAGAAGAUUUUAUCUCGACUAUUUCGUGUAUUUGUACAUGUUUAUAUUCAUCAUUUUGAUAAAUUAAAACAACUAGGAGCCGAGCCACAUGUGAAUACAUGUUAUAAACAUUUUAUGUAUUUUGUUACAGAAUUUAAUCUAUUGAAAAAAGAAGAAAUUGAACCGUUGUAUGAAAUGACUUAUCGUUUGUGUCCCGAAGUUCUUGGAAUUGACAAACAUUAA